GUGUGGAGCGAGGCCUUGUUCCCGCGUUGAGCCGCCGCCGCCGCCGCCUCCUCCUCAGCUUCAGCCUCCGCGCCAGGCCCGGCCCCGCCGCGCCAUGUCGGACUACAGCACGGGAGGACCCCCGCCCGGGCCGCCGCCGCCCGCUGGCGGCGGCGGGGGAGCCGGGGGAGCCGGGGGCGCCGGGGGAGGCCCUCCGCCGGGCCCGCCGGGCGCGGGGGACCGGGGCGGCGGCGGCCCCGGCGGCGGCGGCCCGGGCGGGGGGUCGGCCGGGGGUCCCUCCCAGCCGCCCGGAGGGGGAGGCCCGGGGAUCCGCAAGGACGCUUUCGCCGACGCCGUGCAGCGGGCCCGCCAGAUCGCAGCCAAAAUUGGAGGCGACGCUGCUACCACAGUGAACAACAGCACUCCUGAUUUUGGGUUUGGGGGCCAAAAGAGGCAGUUAGAAGAUGGAGACCAACCGGAGAGCAAGAAACUGGCUUCCCAGGGAGACUCCAUCAGUUCUCAACUUGGACCCAUCCAUCCUCCCCCCAGGACUUCAAUGACAGAAGAGUACAGGGUCCCAGACGGCAUGGUGGGACUGAUCAUCGGCAGAGGAGGCGAACAGAUCAACAAAAUCCAGCAGGACUCAGGCUGCAAAGUCCAGAUCUCUCCAGACAGCGGCGGCCUACCCGAGCGCAGCGUGUCCUUGACAGGAGCCCCAGAAUCUGUCCAGAAAGCAAAGAUGAUGCUGGAUGACAUUGUCUCUCGGGGUCGUGGGGGGCCCCCAGGACAGUUCCACGACAAUGCCAAUGGGGGCCAGAACGGCACCGUGCAGGAAAUCAUGAUCCCCGCGGGCAAGGCCGGCCUGGUCAUCGGCAAAGGCGGGGAGACAAUUAAGCAGCUGCAGGAGCGAGCGGGAGUGAAGAUGAUUUUAAUUCAAGACGGCUCCCAGAACACGAAUGUGGACAAGCCUCUCCGCAUCAUCGGGGACCCUUACAAAGUGCAGCAAGCCUGUGAGAUGGUGAUGGACAUCCUCCGGGAGCGCGACCAGGGCGGCUUUGGGGACCGGAACGAGUACGGAUCCCGGAUCGGCGGGGGCAUUGAUGUGCCAGUCCCCAGGCAUUCUGUCGGGGUGGUCAUCGGCCGGAGUGGAGAAAUGAUCAAGAAGAUCCAGAACGACGCUGGCGUGCGGAUACAGUUCAAGCAAGACGACGGGACAGGUCCUGAGAAGAUCGCUCACAUAAUGGGGCCCCCAGACCGGUGCGAGCACGCGGCGCGGAUCAUCAACGAUCUCCUCCAGAGCCUCAGGAGUGGUCCCCCCGGCCCACCAGGGGGUCCUGGCAUGCCCCCAGGGGGCCGGGGACGAGGAAGGGGCCAAGGCAACUGGGGCCCUCCUGGCGGAGAGAUGACCUUCUCCAUCCCCACUCACAAGUGUGGGCUGGUCAUCGGCAGAGGCGGGGAGAACGUGAAAGCCAUAAACCAGCAGACGGGCGCCUUCGUGGAGAUCUCCCGGCAGCUGCCGCCCAACGGGGACCCCAACUUCAAGUUGUUCAUCAUCCGGGGCUCACCCCAGCAGAUUGACCAUGCCAAGCAGCUCAUUGAGGAGAAGAUUGAGGGUCCCCUCUGCCCAGUUGGACCAGGCCCAGGGGGACCAGGCCCUGCAGGCCCCAUGGGGCCCUUCAACCCUGGGCCUUUCAAUCAGGGGCCACCUGGGGCUCCCCCGCACGCGGGGGGUCCCCCUCCUCACCAGUACCCACCCCAGGGCUGGGGCAAUACCUACCCCCAGUGGCAACCACCUGCUCCUCAUGACCCGAAUAAAGCUGCAGCCGCCGCAGACCCCAACGCCGCCUGGGCCGCCUACUACUCACACUACUACCAGCAGCCCCCAGGCCCUGUGCCCGGCCCUGCACCGGCCCCCGCGGCCCCCCCUGCCCAGGGCGAGCCCCCUCAGCCCCCACCCGCCGGCCAGUCAGACUACACUAAGGCCUGGGAAGAGUAUUACAAAAAGAUCGGCCAGCAGCCGCAGCAGCCCGGAGCGCCGCCGCAGCAGGACUACACGAAGGCCUGGGAGGAGUACUACAAGAAGCAGGCUCAAGUGGCCACCGGAGGGGGUCCGGGAGCACCCCCAGGCUCCCAGCCAGACUACAGUGCCGCCUGGGCCGAAUAUUACAGACAGCAAGCCGCUUACUACGGACAGACCCCAGGUCCCGGCGGCCCCCAGCCUCCGCCCACACAGCAGGGACAGCAGCAGGCAAGUGGGAAUUGCCACCCUCCUCCUCCUCCUUUUUCCUUCCAACCCCCGGCCACCGUCCAUCCUGCCUUAGUGGGUAGCGCCGGAAAUCCCUUCCCCUGCGGGGUGUGUCCUUGAUGCCUGCAGCGGGGGCCGUGUGGCCAGAGGUCUCCGGGAGUCCCCGCGAGCGGGGGACGUGUGCGCUGGGUCCAGAGGUUAAACGAAGAGGCCUCCCUGCGCCGGCCCGCUUGUUCCUGUGUCACGCUGUUGCGAUGCUGGGGGAAGCGCGAAACAGAUACAAGGUCGAACUGUUGAACUGGUGGGUAGUCCUGGGGGUGGGGGGCAGGCCAGCAGCACAGACGUUGGUCGCCAUCCUGGCUGCUAACUCGCUCACUCAAAAUCUGGCCACUCGGGAAGAAAACGGAUGUGUUUCCCUCUCCGCGUUACCUUUUUGGGUUUUGUUCUUUGCAUUCUUUUAUUUUUAACCCCACGAUCUUCUCCUUGUGUCCAAGUGACUGUGUUGCAGGCGGCCCCAGCGUGGGUCAGCCCUGGCUCUGGUGGGACUCGGGGAGCUUGCCGAGGGGACCGGCCCCAGGGCCCCUCCCGCCCCGCCUGGGCUCCGCCUCCUCUGCUCUCGCGCCUGCCUCUGUGUCCCGGUUUUGUCUGUGAAGUGGGCAUGACGAUCGUCGCCACCUUCCAACCUACCUCACAGGGGUGUUGUGGGGACACCGUGAUCUCUGAGAUUGUCAUGUUGUGAUGCGCCAGAGCACCUGCCUUCCCGAAGACAGAGGGCACCCCUCCUCCCUCCCAGACCCUGAGCGCGCUUCUCUCCCUCUCUCCCUGCUCUCCGCCUCUGCGGCCCGCUUCUCGCCUCCUGGUCCUCAUGUCACUCUCUCUCCUCCUCCUCCAUCAAGGAGUCCCCGGAGCACUUGACUAGACAGUUGCAAACACAUGGUUCCAGCCUGAGCUCACCACAGGCUGAGGAGCGGGGCUUCCUGGCCCCUCCUGGCCGCCGCCCCCUCGUCCCCCGCCCCCCGGCCCUCCCCGGAGUGACCGAUUCCUAUCUCUUCCCUCUCCGCAGGCUCAGUGACUCGAAUGAAUGUGAACUUCUUCAUCUGUGAAAAUCUUUUAUUUUUUUUUUUCCAUUUUGUUCUGUUUGGGGGCUUUUUUGUUUUUUUUGUUUUGUUGUUUUUUUUUUCCUCGUUUGUUUGGCGAGAGAGCGAUGGCUGCCGUGAGGGGUGUGGGGGGAGCCCUUGUGAGUGGCUUGUUGGUCAUGGCCUUGGGCGAUGCUGGGCUCUCACUCUCUCGCUUAUUCUGUGUGUCUCAUGCUUUUUUUCUUUCAAAAUUGGGAUCCUUCAUGUUGAGCCAGCCAUAGAAGAUAGAAUUAAAUCUCUGCCAAAAAAAAAAAAAAAAAUUUUUAAAUAUAAAAAACACAAAAAGCAAACAAAACCUAUAAAAUUAUAUAUAUAUAUAUAAAAAUCUCUAUCCCUUCCUGAAACUGCCUCUUUCAGGGGAAAGCAGUUCAUUUUCUUCCUUCUACCCUUGGCCCUCUUCAUGUUUUUAAAAUAAACUUUUAAAAAGGAAAAAAAGUCACUCUUGCUAUUUCUUUUUUUGAGUUAGAGUUGGAACAUUCCUUGGACCAGGUGUCGCUGUCGCAGGCCCCUCCCUUCCCCCAGGCGAGCCCCUCGGCCUCUGCUCCUCUCUCCUCCCCCCUGCCUCGCUCGGCUCCCCUGCAGCCCCUCCCGCCCCCCAUCCCGGGACUGGUCUUGGGUUUCAACUGUUCAAGAGGACAUUGAAACUGAAAACAAAUUGAGAACAAAACAAAAAAUUGUAUGGCAGUUUUUACUUUUUAUCGCUCGUUUUUAACUUCACAAAUAAAUGAUAACAAAACCUCCCCGUGUCUGCUGGGUGCCGUCUCUCUCUCUCUCUCUCUCUCUCUCUCUCUCUCCUUCCCUCCUCUCUCCCCUGCCCCCUGUAGAGUUUUGAAGCAGAUGUUUGUUUGUUCUUUAUAGAUGUUGUAAAAGCCUGAUAAUGGUGAUUGGAAAUUACAAGCUUUGUGUUGUGUUUUUUCUUUCCUUUCUUUUUUUUUUUUUUUUU